AUGUUCUUCUCAAUACUCCGGUGUUUGGCGAUAUCUCUCACUGCUGGCAGUGUGAUGGCAGCCCCGGUGGCCCAAAAUACCGUCGAGACAGGAGUAAGCUCUUCAGCCAACGCUUCAGUCGACUUCCAAGUGUCAGGCCCACUGUUAAGUGUCGGCGACCCAGUCUAUCAACAGGUCAUUGUUCAACACACCUUUUCCAAUUCGUUUGGCCAGCCCUUUGUCGGCACAAUCAACUACCCAAAUGUUGAUUUCACUCAUGUCUUCUUGACAAUAGAAACUACUUCAACAGGCAUUCAGUACGACCGAUUAGCCAAAAUUUAUCUCAAUGGCGCAGAGAUUUGGCGCACAUCAACCUCAGAGCCCGCAGGCAGCGACAUUUAUUUCACAUAUACUAAAGAUGUGUCCCGUUAUGUUUCUCUCUUUAAGAUUCCAGAUGCUCCAAUUGUCAUGGACCUAGGCAACAUUGUCAAUGACCAGUACACGGGGCCCUUUAAUGUACAGAUAACUGCAAAGUACUACAAUGUAGCCAGCUCGUCAAGUUCAAACAGCAGCUCUGUUUUUAACUCGUACUACGAGCGUAAGUCCGCUACAAACGUCACACCUCUGCGCCCAUCCUCUCAGUCAAAGACCAGUGCAUUUUCUUGGUCAAUCCCGCAACAACUUGCGCAGGUUUCGCUUGACGCUCUCCCUCGCAACACAACACGUGCAGUCCUCGACAUUUUCGCUUCAGGCAAUGCGAAUGAGGAAUUUUGGUACAUGAACUUUUUGGACGAAAACGCCAAUGCCAUCCCCUCGGAUCCGCAACAGGGAGGGAACGCAGCACGUAUAGUAAAGGCUACAAUUAAUGACGAUUUGGUGGCUGUGACGCUACCAUUCCCUGUUGUUUACAGCGGCGGGUUUUCACCUGGGUUGUGGAUUCCAGUGAUUGGUAUUAAUGCAUAUGACGUGCCAUCAUAUCAAAUUGAUGUCACACCUUAUUUGCCUAAACUGUGGGAUGGUGCCUCCAUCACACUUUACGUUGAUAACGGAUAUGGUGGGGUCCCCUAUAAUGAGUGGUUUGUCAAUGCCAACUUGUUGACAUGGCAAGAGGCUGGUGUUACUGGAAAUGGUGAAGUUUUGGCCGGAACUAAGUACAAUGACACAAACAAGUUUUCCAAUGCCGAUGCGACCAACUCGAUUGUGGAGCUUCAGUCUGUUGCACGAGAUGUGUCAACGCGUGCCAUUCUCAAUUUUACUGAUAGUGACGGCUUUGUCGAGGAAGCUUUUGUGUCAUCGACACAAACCAUUUCUUUUACCAACACAAAGCAUCACUAUACAAACGGUGGAAGUUUUUUCCGGGCAGCACAAGUAUCGAGCGGAUAUAAUAGCUUCAAGAUUAGCAAUGCCGGAACCGACUUGUCACAAUACCGGUCCAAUAAUAAUGAUCCUAACUCUGACACCUUUUCACCUGUUUUGACUGACCUUAACACAGACUCAAAUUUGUUGACUGUGUCGGAAUGGACAUUUAUUUACCCUCUGGCCAUGAACUAUUUUACGGGGUCUAGCAACUCGUUCCAGGUGGAUAUUAACCGAGGAUAUGGGUACGAUGACAAUUACCUAACGGUGUGGACUAAGCAGAAUGUAUCAGCCAAUGCCCAGCAAUCUUCUUCUUCUUCGAUUACAACCUCUAGCUCGCGUGGAGACCAAUACUAUGCCCAGAACCUGGUACAGUUGAGUGGAGGCCGUGACAACUACGAUCAGUAUGUGGUUACUAAUAAUAACAAGGUUGUACAAAACACCUAUGGCAAUGGGAACUCAGAUUCGCUGCUCCAGUAUGGCCAGUCCGAUCCUAUCACAACCUUAGUUUCGUAUGCAGCCAAGUUGGCUCAAAGCAACCCCAGUGAUAAAACCUCUGUUACCAAUGCUAUUUUGAAUGUGUUUACUACAGUUCUGCCUCAGGUAUCGUUUAGCUCAACAUCGUCUAAGAGAGAUGCUAUUAAGAAGGUGGAUGACUAUGACGAGUCGUGGUUGGAUGAGCGCGAUGGAGACUUGUUCCGCAGCCCAGGUCAUGGCUACCCUGCAGGGUCCAUUCCUGGUUCUGAUCUUGAUCGUCGUGACGAUGGAAGCAGUGGGUUGCUUGCAUCCAAGAUUGCAGAAUUCCAGGUUGGCUGGGAUUGGUCCAACGACACUGUCAAUGUGUGCUGGACAUGCAAGGUUGCAUGUACGACAGAGAGUGAUUGUACUGCCGGGUAUGUUUAUAGUGCCGGGAUCCCAGGGACUGCUUCGGAGUUGAGCAAGCGAGGAGAGGGUAAUGUGGAGAGUGGUGUGCUUGUUGGGCUUGGACGGAACCCCAUGUACCACGGGACAAAGAAUGAGUGA